UCAUUAAAUUGAGAAGAAAUGGAUGAAAUGGCAUUGCAACAUGUUGCCCCUGUUUGAGAGUGAUAUUUUAACGAAAUCAUUUUUAAAAGUGUUAUUCUAGCAAAACAUGUUUUGACAAUGGCAAAAUGUCAAUUUUCUCGACCGAUUUAUCGAGGGCCCGACACGGUCGUAGUAAUAAGAUGGCACGGUCCCGUUCGUCGAUCAGCGUCACGAGCCAUUAAUUCCUUUCUCGCGACAGGAACAGUAGAAUGGAUCCCCCAGGUACGAUCUGGACCGUCGGUCACGCAUCGGACGGACCACGCGCGCUCGAGGCCCCCCGACCCCGUCGCUGUACAUCCAAGCUGUCUAAACGCCCCUCGCCUGGGCUCUCGUCACCAGUGUGAACGCGGCAAGGAGGAAGAGAGGACGAGAUGGGCGGCGGCGGCGGCGACGAGCGCGAGAAGGCCAAGGGCGGCGGCGGCGGAGGAGGAGGAGGAGGUGGAGGAGGAGAGUACGGGACGUUCCAGGGCCCGCCCAGCUACCCGCCCCCGCGCCCGCCGGUCGUCGGGUACCCGCAGCCCGCGCCGCCGCCGGGGCUCUACGGCCAGGGCGAUCCAUACUACCGCCCCCGCGGCGGGUACCAGGGCAUUCCCGCUCGAGAUUAUGAAGCAGGUGCUCGUGGACAUGGUCAUGACCGCCUUCCUUGCUGUGGGAUUGGCAUUGGCUGGUUUUUAUUCAUAGUCGGUUUCUUCCUCGGUGCUAUUCCUUGGUAUGUCGGAGCAUUCCUACUGUGGUGUUCUAGAGUGGACUACAGGGAGAAACCAGGAUAUGUAGCAUGCGCUAUAGCGGCUGUCCUUGCCACCAUUGCUAUAAUAAUCGGAGCUACCGCUGGAGCUGCUUAAUUACAUUUUACAUUGUGUCGUUAUUGUACAUACUGUAUAUCUCAUGGAUGCACAAACAUUUAGUAUGUCGUCUGCGAUGUACCUUAUUCAGCUUUUCUUUUCCGUUUGAUUUUUUAAUGUUUAACAAGGAGAACGGAUGCCCUUGUUCAUGGUCAUAAAUAAAUCAGGUUGAGACGAUUUCGCCUUUUGAAUACCUA